UCACCCUUCCAACCAAAGGAAAAAACGAAUUCGGAAGGCACGAGGCAAUAGGAUUUCAGGCUUCAAAUGAAGCCACCAGCUCCCUCGUCUUCUCGAGUCAGUUUCCUGCUGAAAAAGGCCAGGGUCUCUCCUAUUCUCCUCACCUUCCUAGCCUUCGUUACCUUCGUCACCAUCCUCUACAGCCAAGACUUGCGCUGCCUCUUCGGCCAAUUUGACUACUCUGACCAUCCUAAACACAACAAGUACCAAACCAUCUCACCUACCAAGAAGAACGGAGGGAAGUUGCCUUUUGCCAUCGGAGAAACCGAGGAAGGAUGUGAUGUGUUUAGCGGGAGAUGGGUUCGGGACGAGGUGAACCGGCCGCUGUACGAGGAAUCAGAAUGUCCGUAUAUUCAACCGCAGCUGACAUGCCAAGAACACGGCCGCCCUGAUAAGGACUAUCAGUAUUGGAGAUGGCAGCCUCAUGGCUGUACACUUCCCAGUUUCAAUGCCACGUUGAUGCUGGAAACGCUUCGAGGAAAGAGAAUGAUGUUCGUCGGCGAUUCCCUAAACAGGGGGCAGUACGUUUCCAUGGUCUGCCUUCUCCACAGACUCAUCCCUGAAGACGCCAAUUCCAUGACAACUAAUGGUUCACUUACUAUAUUCACAGCAAAGGAAUACAAUGCAACCAUCGAAUUCUACUGGGCACCAUUUCUCCUCGAGUCCAACUCGGACGAUGCUAUCGUACACAGAAUAUCUGAUAGGCUAGUCCGUAAAGGUUCAAUUAUUAAGCAUGGAAAGAAUUGGAAAGGAGUUGAUAUAAUGGUUUUCAACACUUACCUGUGGUGGAUGACCGGCCGAACAUUCAAGAUACUGCAAGGGUCUUUUAAUGAUGAAGUGAAAGAUAUUGCGGAAGUGUCUACGGACGAUGCUUAUCGUAUGGGAAUGAAAACUAUGUUAAGAUGGAUAAAGAGGAAUAUGGAUCCCAAGAAAACUAGAGUCUUCUUCGCUAGCAUGUCACCCUCUCAUGCAAAAAGCAUAGAGUGGGGCGGCAGUCCAGAUGGGAACUGCUAUAAUGAGACCAAGCUGAUAGAAGAUCCAAAUUAUUGGGGUUCAGAUACCCGGAAAAGCAUAAUGCAAGUGAUCGGAGAAGAAUUCAGAAAAACCAGGGUGCCUAUAACGUUUCUCAACAUCACGCAGCUAUCAGGUUACCGAAAGGAUGCACAUACAUCCAUUUACAAGAAACAAUGGAGUCCCCUCACCCCGCAGCAGCUAGCCAACCCUGUCAGCUAUGCCGAUUGCACGCAUUGGUGUUUGCCCGGCCUCCAUGAUACCUGGAACGAGCUUUUGUUUGCCAAGCUCUUUUAUCCUUGACUUCAUCUUAAAAGUUCAAAAACCAUCAUCUCUUUGUACAGCACAAACCAAUAUAAGCUGCUGCUUCAAAACGUGAUGAUCAGAUCAAAGAUUUGCACGCAGCCUUGGCUUCUUUCUUUCGUUUGAGGAAAGUGAACGAAAGAGGUUGCUCACUGACCUCUCCAGCGGACGGAGAAGGUUUUUUUUUUUUUUUUUUUUUGGUUUUGGGCUUUUUAACAUAGAUUGUGGGUCAGAAUUUUAGUUGGAUAUUUCCAAGGACGAAUAUUGGGCCUUGGUAGUUUUGUACAUCUUAAGGUUACGCUUGCCCAAUGAAAAUUGCAUACUUUCAUAUUGGGGCAAUCAGAAGGCUGGUAGUUUGUUUGUGGAGUCCAUGUUCUCGCAAGCGAUACAGUUAGAAGAUAAAUACACAGUUUGGAUUGGAUCAGACAACUCAUAGACAUCGACGACUCGGAAUGCUUUGAAUGAUGACUAUGGGCCCCCAUUACCAAAAUCAUCAGAAUUAGUUAGUCCACGACUUAUCCCCUUGCCUCUUAUGCUGUGAACUGUGAAUCGGGAGGGGAAUGAAAAGUUGGCCCAGAAGUAAGUCGGUGAAUCAAGAAUAUAGAAGCAGUACUGCAAAAUUCAAUCCCCACUGGAAUAGUAUAAUGU